CAUAUAGGUCACGUGACAGGAAGAGAAGUUGUUCAAAACAAGAAGUCGUAAUGGGGCGACUGGAUAGUACUUUUGUUUUCAUGCUGUCAUUAUGUUCUAUAGUUAAUUGCUUUCAAAGAGAUCCGACACCGUACAGAGAUUCUGACUGCCCCGAGGGUACGCCUGUAGGACUCGGUGUAAACAAUGGCCGACGAGUUCCGGACAGUGCCUUCACUGCCUCGUCAUCUCACACCAACAGGGAUCCCGCCAAGGGCAGGCUAGACGAACAAGCAGGUGCUUGGACUGCGAAGGUGCAGGAUGCCAGUCAGUGGCUGGCAGUGGAUUUAGGACGUGAAUACGUAAUCACGAAACUUCAGACGCAAGGUCGACAAGGGUCAGGGGAAUAUGUCAGUGAAUAUAUGUUUGCUUUCUCCAAUGAUGCAAUUACGUGGCGAUAUUAUACCAAUGAAUUUGGAAUCAGAGAGAUGUUUGUUGGAAAUACUAACUCUCAGGACACCGUUACACGGGUUCUUAAAUACCCUAUCAUGGGUAGAUACGUCAGAUUCCAUCCACAGCGCUGGGUAGAAAUUAUUUCUCUUCGUGUCGAAAUCUAUGGCUGUCCGUACACCCCGGAAGUGGCCCGUUUCAGUGGUAACGGUUAUAUCCAUUAUGAUCUGUCGACCUUAAAUCCCCCACCCAGCACCACAUCGGACCAGAUAAAACUGCGAUUUAAAACCAGCAACCAAAAUGGAGUCCUGCUGUAUGCUGAUGGCAACCAGGGAGACUUCAUUGCUUUACAGCUUCAUAGAGGAAAUCUGCUUUUCAGCAUUGAUCUCGGAUCCACCCAGCUGCAGCGUGGACUGACUCAGCAGACAGGGGGCAGUUUAUUGGACGACAGUCAGUGGCAUGACAUCAUCAUCCGACGUAACCACACAAAGAUCACCCUGGUCGUAGAUCGACUGGAGACACACUUUGAGACUAAUGGCCUCUUCUACAGACUUAACUUGGAUAAAAAGAUAUAUUUGGGAGGAUUGCUGACUUUUAACAUGAAUGGCAUUACUGUGAAAUAUAACUUUGACGGAUGUUUGGAUAAUGUUGUGUUUAAUGGGAUCCGUAUGAUCCGGGACACUAAGAACGGAUUUAAGGGCUUCUCCAUGGUAGGGGCAAUGCCUGACCCCUGGAACUGUAAGAUGAUAGCUCCAAUGCCGGCGACCUUCUUCUCUCUGGAUUCCUAUAUCCUUACCACGAGUGAUGCAGGAGGUAAUGCCUUCAGAGUCCGCUUUGACUUCCGAACCCAUGAUGAGGAUGGAAUUCUCUUGUAUCAUGAAUUCCAAACAGGCGGAUUUUUUAGGGCUUCUCUAGAUAAAGAUGGAUAUGUCAACUACGAGCUCCAAGAUGCAAAUGGUCAAAAAAUAGAGGACAAAGUUAGGAACACUGCCCUGGAGUACACCAGUAGUUUUUCCGAUGGUUUGUGGCACGCCUUCUCAGUGGUGGCAAACCAAGAGAUGUUGAAUGUCACUGUUGACCUUAACUCAAAAGUGUCCAGUAGAAAACUGACCCUGGCAUCCGGCACUGACUACUACAUAGGUGGCUAUACGAUUGGAAUAAGCUUCCGUGGCUGCAUCAGAAACAUUGUCCGAGACUACAAACCCCUAGAUCUAAAGGGAACAGACUUCACCAGUAAAGACAUUCAAGUGGGAACUUGUGGAUUAAUCGACAGGUGUACCCCUAAUCCAUGUGAGAAUGGGGGAGUGUGUGACCAGGAUUGGAAUACGUUUACCUGUGAUUGUGGGACGUCUGGUUAUGAAGGAGCUGUGUGUCAUCGAUCCUCAUAUUACCUGUCCUGUGAUAUGCACAAAAUGUACACAUCUGAUGAGAAUGAGGAGAAGACCUACCUAGACCCUGAUGGAUCCGGGCCUCUUAAACCAUUCCAGGUGCUCUGCUCAGGAAAAGUUGAGCUUGGAAAAGAAGUGGUGACCAAAAUCGGCCACAACAGUGAGGAUCUGAUCACGGUAAAUGGUUACCAGGCACCAAACUUUUACGUCAGACAAAUCGAGUACGACGCUGAUCUUCCAGAAUUAACAGCUUUAAUCGAGCGAGCCGCCACGUGUACGCAGGGUCUCUCUUACAAAUGCCGAAAUUCUCGUCUUCUGAUCAGCCCAGGAAGUGAAGCACCAGAGUAUCCACAUUGGGGUUGGUGGGUUGGCAGGACGUAUCAGCCCAUGUACUACUGGGGAGGGGCAGCCCCGGGGUCAGGGAAAUGUGAGUGUGGCCUGACAGAGGUGGGCUGUGCGGGAGGACAGAAGCUGUGUAACUGUGACUCUCAGCUGAACGAGACGGAUGAAGGACAGAUCCAACACAAGGAUUACCUCCCCAUUCUGGAGCUCCACUUUGGAGACACAGGGACAGCUGUAGAUAAUAAGAUUGGGUAUCAUAAAGUGGACAAACUGGAAUGUCGAGGCGACAAUUUGCUAGACAACGUCAUUACAUUCAGAAAGGCCGAUGCUUCCAUACAUCUGUCUACUUUUGAGGCCGAACCCUCUGGUGAUAUCUGGUUCCAGUUUAAAACUACAGCAUUUGAUGGCAUAAUGGUGCACCAGUCUGGAAAGCCUGAUUUCAUCAAAAUAGCUAUUGCAAAUGGCAACACUGUCCAGUUCAGCUAUGAUGUUGGAAAUGGUGCCCAAGUCAUUGAGUACCGCUCCACGAAUGCUCUCAACGACGACCAGUGGCACACGGUCCAUGUAGAGAAGAACAGAAAGGAGGCGUGGCUGCGUGUGGAUAACUUUCCCGCUCAGACAUCACAGGAGGGGAUAGGAGAGAAGACGAGGACACUGGAUCUGACAGGCUACCUCUUUAUUGGUGCCAGUGUUGAGGACAGGAACGGUUAUGUGGGGUGCAUGAGGGGCCUGAGGAUCAACGGUGUCCUCCAGGACCUGAGGGGACUUGUACACAGAGAGGAGGUCACCUACGGGGUGUCUGAGGGCUGUGUCGGAAAGUGUGCCAACCAGAUGUGCUUCAAUGGGGGCACCUGUAUCGAGGGGUACUCAGGGUACACAUGUGACUGUGCUUACACUCCAUUCAGAGGCUGGAACUGUGGGCGAGAGGUUGGUGUGAAUAUGCUGAAGGAGUAUAUGAUUCAGUAUGAGUUCAGUAACCAGCAGGGGCUAUCAGCCACAGACUUCAUGCACGUAAGAGUAGGCUUCACCACCAAAAAGAAGCAGGGCAUCUUACUGCAGCUCCAGGAUGCAAAAAAUGAAGAGUAUAUCUCCCUUGAGGUCAACAAUGCAGGUGGUAUAAAAUUUGCCCUGGAUGUUGGAUCAGAGAGAUUUGAGGUGAAUACCCCUAACCAUGGUAUCGACUACACCAAUGGACAACAGCAUGAAGUCAGAAUGUGGAGAACAGGGGAAAAUGGAAAUCUAGUCCACAUACAGGUUGACAACUAUCCUGAGGAAGCACUGUCUUAUGGCACCAAAUUCAGUGACAAUAUUCUAGAUGACCCCAAGUACCUCUUUGUUGGGAACAACAGUACACAGUCGACCACCCGUGGGUUUGAAGGCUGUAUAUUCAGAAUGGAAAUUGACAAUGUCUACCCACUAAAAAGAGCCUUCCAAGAUCCGAAGCCUGACUUUGUUACACUUUAUCCCGAAGGUAAACUGCGGGAGGAUAUGUGUGGUUAUGAGGAAACCACGGUCCUUCCAGACCCCAUCGAGUCCCGUCCAAUAAACCAAGGGGAUCUAGUGGACAUCACCUACCCCACUCCUCCCGAUCCAGUGAUAGAAAAGAAAAUCAUUGGAGGUGUGGUUGGGGCCAUUUGCUUCCUUAUUUUGAUAGUCAUUGUUGGACUGUUAUUCUAUUGCCGAGACAAGGGUGAUUAUGAAACCAAAGAAGCAAAGGGUGCGGACAUUGCUGAGAAUGCCGAUGUUGCUGUCGUAUUUAAUCAAACGGGAGUACCAGACAUUACUAAACGCCAGGAAUUCUUCAUGUGAUAUUUACAUAUCCAAUUAAUGAUGAAAUAUUGUCUAUUUACUGUGUUAGUAAUCUCAACUCACAAUCUCAACGGCUUUCACCGGGAUUUAUUCUCGGUCAAAAGGAAAGGUAUGCGUGUGGGGAAAAAAUUCCUCUGUAAAGUAAGAAUUUAUUAAAAAGAAAUGUGUAAACUUGCAUUUUAAAAUAUUGAUUCCCCAUAUGCAGGGGAGUUGAGAUAAAGUUGCUACAAAAAUGUGAUAUUAUACAGAUUAAUGUAUAUGUAAAGAAUCAAUGUGUAUAUUUUUGUAUAUUAGGCUAUUUACCUUGAACAAUUUGAAUGCAUUCCAUGUACAAUGUAUAUAUAUAAGUCUAAUUUUCAUGCAAUAUAUGUGUUUGUGGCGACUUGUGGUAUGAAUUUUUUGAUUGAAGAAGAGAGCUAGACUGUGUGAAUGGAACCCAUAAUUUUAUUAUAUUCCAAGAGCUUUGAGGAGAUAGUUUUAUAGUUAUACAUCAUAUCCUAAUUCUGCAAAUUGCAUGCAUGUGCACAUGUAUAUUAGGCCUCUCCAUACAACAAAACAUAUCACAUUUCAUCAAGUUACAAUAUAUUGAAACCUAAUUAUCAGUAUGGUUGUGAUUUGAAUUCAUAUCAUUGAAGAUAACAACUUCUAGUUCUAUAUUAAGAUUUUUAGGUUUUACUUUUAAGGUCUUUUUGUAUAUUUUACAUGAUUUACAGGUAACAUAUGUAUAUACAAGUGCCAUUAUUCCAUUAUUUCUAUCGUACUAUAUCAUUCCUCAUUUUACACAUGAAUUUUUACAGCAAUAAACAUGAUUUUAUAAAUCUGU